AUGGUCGACGAGAUCUCGGUCGUGCUGUCCAAGCCGGAGGUGCCCUCGGGUCUGGGCUUCUCGCUGCUCAGCAUCGCCGACUGCCCGCCGGUCAUCUACGACAUCAUCGAGAACACGCCGGCCGCCGAAUGCGCACAGAUUGAAGUUGGUGAUGUCAUUAUAAAAAUAAAUAAUGAAGAUGUGCAAGCAUGUACAACAAAAGAAGUACUGAAAUGCUUGAGGUUAGCACAAAACCCUAUAACUCUUAAAUUAGUCAGAGAUCCUGCUAUAAAAAAUAAAGUGCAUAACAAACUAGCAGAAGAUGGACAUUCCCCUGAAGUAUUAUUUCAAGAUAUGGAUUCUCCUCCGCCACCACCUCAACACCACCCGCCACCAUUAGAAAUAGUUACUAGAACAAAUACAAACAAAGUAGAAGUACCUAAGUAUGAAGCUUUUAUGAUGACCGGCGAAAGAGUUAUCAAAAUGUCAAAAAAUACUCAGGUUUCACUAUUACCUAAGAGGGAUCGAAAAGUUGAUUGUUUAGUAAAAAAUGGAGGUCCUAAUAAAUUUCAAAAAGUCAAUUCAAAUUCUGUUCCUAGUAGUCCGGUUGAAAAUGACCGACCAAAUAUUGCGAAACCCAACUCUGGGAAUACAUCACCUGUUUCUCCUCCUCCUACAAGCAUUUCCAAUUAUAAACGUGGAUCUCGUUCUGAAGAUCCAUUACGAUCAAACUUUGAAUAUCCAAUGUCUUCCACUACUAGUAUUGACACCGAAGAUGAAGACAUUACAUCUUCCUGUAAUACUUUAUUAAAUACUAAUAUAAAACCACUUGAAAUAGAAGACAAGAGGGUAUUAUGGACCUAUAAUGCUGGCCAUGUACCUGAUGAAACAUCAGCGUCUUGUAAUUCUCUCCAAAAAGUAAUGUCACCUACUUCGCCAAACUCUUUAUCUUCAUCAUUAAUGUCAUCACCGUCAGACAGACGACGACCUGCAAAAGGUUCAUAUCGUGGUAACAGUCAUCCUACUAGUAGCCAUUCAAAUAUAUCAAGUCCUGACUUUCAAGAUAUGGCAGAUUCAGAUUUUUUGAUAAAUUCUCGUGAAUUAGAAGUAUCAGAUCCUAGUGAUAGUGAUUCAACUAUCUUGGCAAGUGAACCAAAAAUUAGAAAACGCUCCGUAGAAGGACAGUAUAUGUAUGAUACUCAUUCAGAUCAUCGAAUUGUUAUACAAGUGAAAGGUCCUGAAAAAACAAAUUUAUCUAAAGACAAUGAAAAUAAUAACAGAUAUUAUAAUGAUAAGGAAAACAUUAAAUAUGAUCAAGAUUUCAAAGAUGAAGAAGAUGUUCAAAAAUUAUUAGCGUUGAUGGAAGGUGCAGCUCAGUUAGCUCACUCUGUUACCAAUAAUGAUGAACAUUGGACACCAAAUGAAGAUUUAGAUUCAGAUAGUUUACAUAGUUUUCAUUAUUCUCCCAAAGCGGUAGAUAUGCCAUCAGCAGUAAGACUAGCCAAACGAUUGUUUUACUUAGAAGGAUUCAAGAAGAGUGAUGUAUCACGACAUUUAAGCAAAAAUAAUGAAUUUACAAGAGCUGUUGCUGAAGAAUAUUUAAAAUAUUUUGAUUUUAAAGGCAAUUCAUUAGACUUAGCUUUAAGACAUUUUUUGAAACAGUUCAGCUUAACAGGAGAAACUCAAGAAAGAGAACGAGUAUUAGUUCAUUUUUCGAAAAGAUAUUUGGAUUGCAAUCCUCAAUGUUUUAAUUCUCAAGAUGCAGUGCAUACUUUAACUUGUGCCAUCAUGUUAUUAAAUACGGAUUUGCAUGGCCAAAUGAUUGGUCGUAAAAUGACAUGCAAUGAAUUUAUUGAAAACUUGGCAGGAUUAAAUGACAACGAACAUUUUCCUCGAGAUGUCCUUAAAUCAUUAUACAUGGCUAUUAAGUCUAAUCCUCUUGAAUGGGCUAAUGAUGAUGAUUUAGAUGAGAAUCAACUUAAAAAUGCAAAUGCUAGUCAACCAAUUGAUGGUCUAGGAAAUAAAAUCCCUGGUCAAUUGGGUAAAAGUGGAAGUUAUGAUGAAAAUGUGAUGACUCAGGCUUUGGAGUAUAAAAAAGGAUAUGUCAUGAGAAAAUGUUGUAUGGAACCCAACGGAAAAAGAACUGCUCGAGGAAAACGUAGUUGGAAAAUGUACUAUUGUACACUGCGUGAUUUGAUCCUUUAUUUACAUAAAGAUGAUUCUGGUUUUCGAAAAUCUCAAAUUAGUGAUAGUAUCCACAAUGCAAUUCAUAUACACCAUGGCUUAGCCACAAAAGCAACAGACUAUACAAAAAAACAACAUGUAUUUAGACUAGUUACUGCUGAUCAAGCAGAGUAUUUGUUUCAAACUAGUGAUUCCAAAGAAUUAGAUUCAUGGAUAAACACAAUUAAUUUUGUGUGUGCCAGCUUUUCUGCACCUCGAUUACCAAGUGCUGUUGGAAACCAAAAAAAAUUUCAAAGACCAUUGUUACCAUCCGCACCAACAAAAUUAAAUUUGCGAGAACAACUUCGCGAACAUGAAGAUACUAUGCGUCAACUUGAAGUAGAAUAUGAUAUUCACAAAAAAAAACCUCCAGAACGUGGAACUAAAAGUAUUACUUUACAAUUUUACAAAGAAAAAGAAGCACACUUACUGGAAGAAUUGAAGCGUUAUAAAACAUAUGUUUACCUGCUAAGAUCUAAAAUGAUCCAACAUCCUGAGUAUGAUUCUAGUACUGCACUAAUGGAGACUGAUGACGAAGCAGAAGUGAUAUCUGCUGAUGAACAAAAUAGUUCUUUGCCCAUUUCCAACAGGAGUAUCGAUGCUUGAAGCUGCAAAAUAUGCCACUGGACUUCCAAGACAUUGUCACCUGGCUGUGUAGUUAAUUUUUUUUUAUUAUUAUUUUUAUUUAUUGUUUUUUUAUUCUAACCCUAUUAUUUGUGGUAAUUUUAAGAUAUUGAUAAUGUUCAUGAUUUCUAAUCAAAAGUAGGCUGUAUUCAAUGCGAAUAGUAUUUUAUUUUAACAUUUGCCAACAUUAUCUUAAUUCAAUUAUAUGUUAAUAAUUUUAUUUUUUGUCCAAUUGAAAUAAUGUUUGCAAAUUAAAUAUAAUAAAUUCUGUUAUUAGUUUGACCACCUGUGUGAAGCACCUUAUUUUUGAAAGAAAAA